UCUACAGAAUAUAUAUAUUUUUUUCUAAUUUACAAUACUCUACCCAUUUCAUUAUGGUAUAAAUUAAUUUAAAGACAACAUAUUUGCAAUAUCCAUUUAACUGCAGUGGCUAUUGUGAAUGACAUCUUAAGAGAAAAACAAAAGUGCAAGAAAUAGACGGUAAAAACAAAUUGGAGUCCAUUUUUUUUAAAUGCAAAUUAAAGGCAUAUACAAAAUUCUAAAAAAACGUUGUUGAUCAAAAAGAAAUUAUAAUCUUCUAAAUAUUUUUUAACAAUUUGCGUGGUAGCGUAGAGUAAUAUAAAUACGGUACUGCGAAAGUGGCUGAGAGAACACAAACAACAAAGAAUAUUGCGUCGCUUGCACAAUUGUAUACGUAGAAAAGAAGUCAGUUUGCGUUUAGAAUUGCAACAAAUUGGAAGUGUAUCUGUCGUAACGUGUUGAAAUAGAAGUUAAAUUAUCAAUAUGAGAAUCACUGUAUCUACUUUAACAGAUAGAGAUAGAGUUUUUAUUUUAGAAGUGCCCGAAGAUUUGGAAUUGGAAAAUUUCAAAGCUUUAUGUGCAGAGGACUCCGGUUUUCCGGCGAGCCUAAUGGUUAUUCUAUUUAAUGGCAACGUACUAUGGGAUGAUAAGAAAUCGCUAAGGGAUCAUGGUUUACGUGAUGGCGACUGUGUUGCUGUACAACGAAUAAGACGCGAUCCACCAAUAGGUGCUUCAGCCACUGCAAGUGCAAGUGCCAAUGCUAUUAGUAACUUGGACUUUAGCAAUAUUGCAGUACCCGGUACGAGCACAGGUCCUAGUGGACAGCGUUUAGGUUCGAGCUCAAGUGCCAGUGGCAGUGGAUAUCGUUUAGGAGUUCCACAGGGUUUGGUGGAUUUUUCCGAUGCAGAUGAAGCCAAUGUUAACUACGAUGAUGAUCCAGCACAGGUACGUCAAAUGUUUCUCUCAAACCCAGAGUCUUUGGCUCUGUUAAAACAAAACAAUCCUCGUCUUGCCGAUGCUCUCCUUUCGGGAGAUCUUGAAACUUUUACAAUAGUUCUUCAUGAACAGAUCGAGCUCCGUAAGCAAAGAAAUGCAUUGCGUCUACGUAUGUUGCGUGCUGAUCCAUUUGAUACUGAAGCCCAACGUUUAAUUGAAGAGGAAAUCAAGCAGAAGAAUAUACAAGAGAACAUGGCUGCUGCUAUUGAGUAUAAUCCCGAAAUAUUUGGUACUGUUUCUAUGCUUUAUAUCAAUUGUAAAGUUAAUGGAGUGCCAGUUAAAGCAUUUGUAGAUUCUGGCGCACAAACAACUAUAAUGAGUGCUGGUUGCGCUGAGCGCUGUAAUGUUAAUCAUUUGGUUGAUAAAAGAUGGAGCGGUGUUGCUAAAGGCGUUGGUACACAACGCAUUAUUGGUCGUAUCCAUAUGGUCCAAAUGCAAAUUGGCAAUGAUUACCUAGCAUCAAGCUUCUCAGUACUUGAACAACAGCCUAUGGAUAUGUUGCUAGGACUCGACAUGUUAAAACGUCACCAAUGCAACAUUGAUUUACAAAAAAAUGUGUUGCGCAUUGGUACAACAGGCACUGAAACGGUAUUCUUGCCAGAAAAUGAACUGCCAGAUUGUUGCCGCGCAUUCAAUGAAGACGAGAUGAGCAUGAAUGAUGCAGAAAACAAGGAGAUACAAGAAGCUAUAGAAAAGAGUAAGGCAGAAGUUGCCUCUACGUCUAAACAAGCUGACUCUUCUAAUGUAACAUUUUCUGAGAGUGAUAUCAGCGAUCUCGUUAAGCUCGGUUUCAAAAGAGAAGAUGUCAUUCGAGAACUACGUAAUCACAAUGGUAAUAAGACACAAGCCACUGCAGCUUUAAUAGCAAAAUCAAUAAAAUUCUAAUUCUAAAUUCAAAGUAAAAAAUGCAUAAAAUAAGAUUAAAGUAAAUAU